AUGCAUGCAAUGUUGGAGCACACGGAGCCGGAGGCGCCUGCUUUCCCUCCCGCGCCGUCACAUCCACCGCCGGCGGCCUUUUCUUCGACGUCCUCUCCUGCCGCAGCCCCCGCCGGACCACUGCUGGCGACUCGCGUUAGCGGCGCGACCCUCGGUCGGUCUGCCAGCUCGCGCAACUCAAGUAAUGACCGCCAGUCGCCUCGUGACUUGAGCGAGUUCACCGGUCGCUGGGUACAGAGCCGCACCCGCAAGGAGUAUCACGCGUUUUUAGCCGAAGUGAAUAGCCCGAGUGAGACGGCCGCAGCUGCCGCCGUGGGGCAUCACAGCCGUCCCUCGUCACGCGGCAGCAGCAUUCUGGGGGGCGUCGCAGCAGCAUCAGCUGCGGCACUUGAGGCUGGGGGCCGCCGCACACCGUCGGCGCCGGGACACGUGCCCAACAUCAGCUCCGGGCUGCGUCGCAGUGUGCCGGCUUUUCUCCAGCCCGGCGGUGGCGACAGCGUCGAGCAGCGCACGGUGCGCGCAGCCUCAUCUCGGGUGGACUUGACCACGACUGCGUCGCGUGGCCGCAAGCUACUGGAGGCUGCCCUCACGUCGCGCGGCGCCCGCCAUGCGCCCUUGCGUAGCACGUCGUUCUCCAGCCUCGCAGCACCGCCUCAGCAGCACCCGUCGGCCUCGGCGCAAGAAAGCCAAGGCGCGCCGGUAAGGGGCAAGGAGGCCGGCUCUGCUCCUGCGGAGCACAGCGCCGGGGCACGCUCGGAUAUGCGUGGUCGAUGGAGCUCUGCACCGACGCAUAGAAGCAGCGAUAACGACGGGAGCGCAGCCGCAGAUGCGUCGCUCUUGGUGCCGGGGCUGGCGACACUAUGCACCGGCAGUGCUUCGUCAGGGACCGGCAACUCUUUCUCGUCGCGGAGCGUUCAGCCGACCAUGGGCGGCAACGGAGACUCCCUCACCUGGGAUGCAACUCUGCUUUCGAACGCGCAGGCAGGCGAUCCAAAGGGCGAGAGCGCGAGUCACGACGGUCCUCAACAGGCGGACGCGCUGCUGCGAAGAGCCGACGCCGAGCACGUUAGCAGUAGCGGUCAUGCAGGCGUCGCCGCGGUCAGUUCUCAUCCUUCAGCGCCGCCGAAGAAUCCCAAUGGCCUUAUCGCGGGCGGGACGACUGUUUCGGGAGCCGAAGCGCCGGCGAACGCCCACACCCACACCCCACGUUUCGACUCGAGGGGAUCGCUGCCCAGGCCAACCGACGAGCCGCCGCAGAGUGGACUGAGUGCAGAUGACAAGAGCGCCGGUCGACAGGAGCACAGCAACGCUUUCAUGACCAGCAGCAACCACGCUGUCGCUGCUACAACACUCGUCAACCCAUUCCGUGCAAUGGCCGGGAAGAGCGGCGACGAUGCCACUGCGGGGUCGCCGCCACCACCGCCAACAGUCAGCCGGGAACAGCUAUCUUGUGAGCAGCAGCAGUGGCAACAUCCCCAGCAGCAGCCACGGCAGGGUCUGCUGCUGCAUGACGCACUGCACAGCGGGUUUCACAGCGGCGCGCCGCCCUCGGCACCGUCAUCAUCCUACCCCGGCGUGGAGGCAAACCUACCAGAGAAACUGUCACGUUCGAAGGACAUCCCCACAGCGGAAGACGCCAGCACUGCUGGCCCUCCUCUACCGCCGCUACCGCAACGACAGCAGCAGCAGCUCUUUGCCGCAGCCAGCGGCGACACGACAAUAGCAACUGGGCCCGCGACUGGCUUUACCACGCCGCGAGGGAGUGGAGCGGGCUCGGCGCCUCGAGCACCGCCGCAGAGGCAGCAGUAUCUACUGCCGCUGUCAGACUCUUCCAGCUCACAUGUGCCCCCCAACAUGAGCCGCGGCCUCUACGUGGCGUCCCCCUACGUGCGCGAUGAGGAUGCGCGGGCCGUGGUCGACGAGUCGCCAAUACCACAGCGACCUCUACCCUUCGACAGCGUGCCGCCGCUGGAGGCGACACCAAUGGCGACAGCUGAGCAGGACGAGGGUGAGCUUGGCGCUACCGACAGCUGCGCUCUCGACUACACGCACGACAACGACGCCCAGGCUGUUCGUCGCUCCAUGCAGGAUGAGUUGAGCGAGGAAAGUGGCGCUGCCGGGCAGUACCAGCCGUCGCCGCCGCUGCGGAAUGGUCUUCUCGCUGCACCUCCCCUUUCACCGGCGCAGAAGAGAGGCGCUGCAAACCCUUGCAGCGCCAUCUUCACGCAAGUCCACCCUAAAGCACCACACGCGUCUCAGCAACAACCGCCGCCGCAGCCAACACACGAGCCGCAAGCGCAGGAGCAGCGCCAAGAGGGGCCGACCGCCCCCUCUGCUGAUCUCAUACCGCAGCCAUCCGGCCCUCCUCCGCCAGUGCUGCCGACGAGGACCAUCUCCAAGAGCAGCGCCUUGCCGCCGCUUCCGAACCCGGGCUUUCCGCACAGCACAAGCAUCUCUGAGAGCCCCUUCAGCAAAGACGGCACGCCAGCGCUGAAGCCCUCGCCGCGCAAGGUAGCUGACACGUGGAGUUGUCACGAUUGCCCGUCCUCGUCUAACCCUUUCCUGGAACCAGGUGAGAAUUUUCUCUUUACCCCCUCGAACGGGCUGCUGAUGGAUGCGGCGAACACCUCUGCCGACAGCACAUCAAGACAAAGGCCCCACCAAGCCGUGAUGGGCUCUCUCUGCUCAGCUCAAUCGGCGCUGGCACAGCACAAGCCGCCACCGCAUGCUCAGGUGGUGAAGGCCCCUGGCUACUUGUCCAUCUCAUCUCUGGAGCCGAACGGCGCGCCGCCGCCGCCCAAGGACGAUCCAGCGCUGCCGCUGGAGUCCAACUCUACCACCGCACCGCUGCUAAACUUCGCCGGCGACGAAGGUGCCCCCAGCACCGCCACCGCACGCAUGCCAGGUGGCGCUACGCUGGUCAACCCUUUCUCCAAGUCUGCCCAAAACUCCAACUGCUACCUGAGCGCCACAAACGUGAGUAUCAGUGGCAGCGGCGCAUUGUCGGGCGGCGCGUCGCUGACAGGAUCGUUUGCCAGCGGGGCAGUGCGCAAAAAGUUACGCCGCAGCGGGGCACCGUGCUUUGCCAUCUUCGUCGGCGGCGCCACCCUACCGCCAGGGGUUCAGGGUGGCAACAGCAGCGACAGGAAAGGCUUUUCAUGCAUCGCGGCGUGUUUCAACAACUCAAACUCCUGUUCGCCGCUCAUCGCGAACAGCGCCCGGUCUCCGUUAGUACAGCCAAUCACCUCGGCUUCCUCACGAACCGGGUCGGUACGAAGCACGUCACUAAGUGGAGCUGCCCGCGCUAACACGUCGCCGGUGCCGCGCCCUCUUGGUGUAGGUACACUGGGAGGCAGCAUCGGUAUCUGUCUCAGCUUCUGUAGCGUGACGGAGGCGCUGACGGCGCGGGGGUCGAUGGUGGACCGCAAGGGGAUCCGGGGCACCGAGUACGGCCGGCGCUACGUGCGAGCCUUGACGGACGCGGUGCUGCCAUGUGCCCUGCUCGCGGAUCAGUGGGCGGCCGGGGACGAAGCGACAGGCGCGGUGGUGGCGAGGGUGAUGGACGCGCUGAAAGGCUGCGUCCCUGCCCCGCUCGGUGAGGUGUUGGAGUUGAUGCUGAUGGACUCACUGCCGCAAAAGGAUGGAGGCGGCUUUGUGUGGAAGGAGAACGGUGGCCGCCGACUCGCCGAGCUGCUUACGGCGGCGGCGCAGGCUGACGCUCGCACGCGCGCGGCGACCGCUCGUAGCAGGAGCGCCGCUGUCAGUCCCGCUGCUGGCGCUGGUGGCACCAGCGCCACGGAGGCGAAUGAUGCGCUGAUGGCAAUCUCGCCGCUGAACCUGGUGGCCAGCACCGCUAGAUGCGACUCGAAGGAGCGGGCUGCCGCGCUCCGCCGGGUGGAGGAUCUGCUGUGCACGGGCCAGCGCGUGGAGGCGGUCGAGGCCGCCCUCGAGGCGCACCUCCACGCGCACGCGCUCCUGAUCUCCAUGAUGUGCCCGACCAAGGACUUGUACCUACGCAGUGUCCAGGCGGUCAUGCAGCAGGAACUUUCGGUCACGUCUCCGCUCGCCCACGCCUACAGCAUGUUCAACGAGAUGCCACUCCCUCCCUUGGUCCCGCCCCCCUCGAAGGCGGACGAGGAGGAUGAGGAGGCGGCGGCGUUAGGUGAGGGGAGAAGCAUGUCGGAGGCUGCCCAGCACCAACAGCAGCAACACAAGCGGCAACAGCAGAUGUUCUUGCGCGAUCAGGAGAUGCUGCAGCAAACGUGGCGCCGCCACGCUGCGAUUUUGCUUGCGAACUUCACUCGCCACAGCGGAAACGGCCUGCUGCAGCUUGCCACGACGCUCCAACAGGUUCACCUCGUCGUGGAGGCGCAUACGUGCUUGCUGCUGCUGCACCUCACACCACUUGGUAUGGCGGGCCCGGCCCGCGCCGGUGCGGAGCCUCUUCCCCCGGCAUCCUCUCUGUCCCCGGAGGAUGUGGAGGAUCUGCUGCCGCGUCCCGAUCAGCGACAGGUCAUGGAGGAGAUACGGCGGCGCAUCGGCGUGGUCGGCGGCACGUACCACCCCACGCAGGGAUGCCGUGCAAGCUUCCUGACGCCUGUCACGACGCUGCUCACGCAGCUGGUGCAGCUAGUGAGCGCGCGGCUCGACGCGCGGGCACCUCCACUGUCACCCCCCGAGUCAGCUGAGCCGCCAGUGCCGUUUCACGGACUACCACAUGGCCAGCCUCGGAGCGACGUUGGGUACCGCAUGAUGCAGGUGCUGUGGCUGCGCGAGUUGGGACUCGGCAAGGAGUCUGCGCAAGCACUGCACGCAUUGCUGCAGCGCAUGCCCCCACCCCUGGCCUUCUCUCUGCGUGUGCCGCCGCGCACACUCAAUGAGCUCGUCUACCUCUUUGGUGGCGUGCCGCCGUCGUCGCCGCAGCAGCCACCGGAUGCUCUAGACGGCGCUGCUGUUGCAGCGAGGGGUGAGUCGGUCCCUGAGAGCGAGGCCACCACGCAGCAGCCCUCCCCACACGCUUCCGCCGGACUCCCAUCACACUCGCGUGAAGGGCUGCCGCAGAACACCGACGACGAGGCUGACAAGGUGCCUAGUACAAGCAGGUCAACGUUGGCGCACGCGACCUCAGAGGUGCACCACACCGGCCCGCUGCCGCCGCCAAACCCCCAGCAGCGACAGGCGCCAACACCGCAGCACCCCUCAUUGCUCAACCGCGCGUUGCUGCCAUCCUCGCCGCCUGCCACCGCCACCUCUCCGCUCACACGCGAUCGCGCGGCCGCCCUCCAGCCGCCGGAGCCGUCAGCACCACCUUCUGGCGGCAAGCCCGGCAACGCCAGCGCCAAGGCGGCACCGGCGUCAGCUGCUGGUAACCUGAAGCAGCCCGCACCGCGUCGCUCCCGCUCGCUCGAUGUGCUGCGCAACUUCUUCCGGCGCGGCAACAGCGAGGCAGCUGGCGAGCAGAAGUCGGACGAGGCGAAGCCGAUGCACCUUGAUACCGAGAAGCCACCAGCGUUCGACCCUGUGACGGGCCGGUGGCUGUUCGAGGAGACAGAGGAGGAGAAGCGGCUGCGAGAGCUCGCCAAGGCAGGCCCGCCCAAGAUGGCACCCAAGGCUGCGGGGCCGACUUCCGCACCGGCAGCUUCUGCGGCCGCAUGGGGCCCAUCCCCUUCUGAGUCGGCGCUGCUGCAGCGACCAGCACCAGGUAAACCACCUCAGCCUGGCAACGCGCAUCCUGGCCCAGGUGCUCCAGCCCCCGUUCAUGCAGGAGGGGGCAUGCCGGCACCUCGCCCAGGUGGUGGCGCCCCCGCAGUUGCGGGCCGUGACGUGCCGCCGCCAACGAUGGCUGGUCGUGGUGCCGCGCGGCCUGGUAAGCGGCCGCAGUACGUGGACAUGUUCAACACGAAUUAG